GUACACUUCUACCUGUCAGAUGACAAAUGUAUUUCUUGGCUGACAUUCAAUGAGUGACGUUUCCAAUGGUUAAAAUUAAGAGAUGACAACAAAUCCUAAAGUUUGCAGUAUAUGUGAUCAACGCCAUAUCACUAAGCCCUCAACUGACUGGUGUUCCGAAUGUAACCAAGCUUUAUGUACCGAAUGCAGAGAUGUCCAUGCAAUUAUCAAAGCUUUACAACAUCAUUCAAUGGUACCAAUUUCAAACUACUUAUCUCUUGGUUCCUCUUUUUCUUUAGUUGAAGGACAUUGUUCCUUACACGACGACAAGUACCAACUGUUUUGCCAAACCCAUGACUGUUUGCUGUGCCUUACGUGUUUAGAAGAACACAUGAAGUGUGAGGACGUCGUUCGUAUCAGUAAGUUAACCAAAGAUGUCAAAACAUCUAAGAAUUUUAUAGAAGCUCAAAAGGGCUUAUCGGAUAUCACACUGAAGCUUUCGAAAUUACAAAGUCAUCUUGAGGAGAACUUAAGCGAUAUCAAGAUACAGAAAGAAUCAGCCCUUCGAGAAAUAACUCAGAUUAGAGAAAAGAUGAAUAAUCAUCUAAAUCAGAUUGAAAACGCUCUGGAAACAGAACUAUGUGAAUUAGUUGAUAAUCAGUGCAAUAACAAUAUUCAUUUGACUUUGCAAGAGGUUAUAAAGGAGAAAGCAAAUGUUGAACAUGUUCAGCAGCAGAUGGAAGACCUCUGCAUAUAUGGAUCAGAUCUCCAAGCGUUCUUUUGCCUGCAAAAAAUAUUUGCAAAAACUGCCAGAGCAGAUCAGUACUUGCAGACAUUAGCAGACGAUGGUAGAUUAGAUAAGGUGACAUUUACCUGUAAUAUUGUUAAGCAAAUUCCUGAAUUCUUUGAGAAUGUAAAGAGUUUAGGAUCAAUUCAAUUACAGAAAAUUCCGAGUCAGAUUACACUGGAAAGUACAAAGGAUAAAGAGGCACAGUUGGUAGGUUUGGGAAACAUAUCUAUUAAUGAUAUCAAACUCAAUUUGGUUCAUACUAUCAAUCUAACUGGAGAAUUCACCGGAUGUUGCAUUCUCCCAGAUGAAACGAUUGUUCUUUGUGAUUCUAAAUAUAACAGUGACUGUAUACAAAUAUUACAUCCACAUGGAGAACUCAUUUUUAAAAUCCCCACGGCAUCCAGCUAUCAUUCGGAUGUAACAUAUAUUGAUUACCGAACCGUAGCUGUAUCAUCAGACGUCCAACAACAAGUACAUAUCAUAAAUGUAGAUACAAAAGCCAUGAAGACCAUCCCAACCACAGAUUCAUGUUAUGGAAUAACACACAGAGAGGGAUCACUGUUAUGUUGUAUUCAAGGAAAAGGCAUCCAAAGUGUCAAUCUUCUGAGUGAAAAAAGUACUACGAUUGUAAAUUGCAAUCUUAGUACAUUGUCUUCUAUUAAUUUUGCCGCCAAAAAAAUAUUUUAUACUAACCAAAAAAGAAAUAGCGUGACGUGCUGUGAUACGGAGGGUAACAUUAUCUGGACAUUCAGAGACGCUUCUGUUGUGAAGGAUCUUCGUAGAAUUGCAGUGGACAAUGUGGGGAAUGUUUAUAUUGUUAGUUACAGUCAAAAUAAACUCGUUGUAUUGUCUGCUGACGGACAACAAAAUAGACAACUGCUAUCUGAAAAGGAUGGACUUCUAAAACCGUAUGCUAUUUGUUAUGACAAAAACAAAAAUCGUCUCCUGAUUUUUAAUCGAAAAAAUACCGGGUUUUUGUUUGAUGUAGCAUUAUAAAACAAAUUUAUUUUUUUUUUU